AUGGGCUCCAAAAAAGAAGACCAGCCCGCUCAAUCGCCAGAACAGGUUACGGCUCAUGGCGACGAGACGACUACUACCCCAGUCGCUGCGAAUCCGUUCGAUGAUAGACCCGACGAUUCACCACAACCAGCCCAGUCGCAUAUUGAACAGUCAGCGACUUUGCCAGCGCGGAGGUCAGUCGACGUAUCAAACACCAAACAUGUACCGGGGAAAGUACGGUUCUCGUCGGAAAUCGAGCGAGGGCCGCCUACAAGGCAAGGUGGAGAUGCGCAGAGACCACCAACUGCAACGGGACUCAAGAUCAAUACAGAUGUUGAAUCAUUCCCCAGUGUGGUCCCGCCCAGCAGCCAAAGAGUUGUCAGUAGUGGUAGUGCGAUUACCAACACACCUCUUUCCCCACCCUCGCCGCAGUCACGAACUCGAGAUCGAGGUUAUUCGCUUCGACGAACGUUGUUCUCAAGGAACAUACAAACUCAAUCGGCCACGGAAACUACUGGGCCGAGUAUUGAACUACAACCGCAGCGACCUUUCAGGGCAAAGGGCUCGGAUAUACAAGAAAAGGCAUAUGUUGUUGCAGAAGAGGAAAUUCAGCCGGUUGCAACUUUGGAAGCUCAUUCAAAGGAUGAAGAUUGGAUCUCGUUGGCAUAUUCCGAUUCAACUCCGCUCAAAUAUAGUUUAUCCCUGAUUGUGGGACAGAAUUGGUUAAAGUCCACGGCAUGCAAGACGAAGGCUUAUGAACGAUUGAGUCAAUGGAAUGAGACAAUCAAAGAGAAGGUCUUUCGAAUCAAACCUUUGCCGCCCACCAAAGAUGGUCGUCACAUAGAGUUGAAUGUCAGCGCAGUGGACAUGCUUGUCGACGAGCGAUCGGGCAGUUCAUACGUUGACAAUUCGAUCCGUUCGAGUCGGUAUAGCUUGUGGAGCUUCUUUCCCAAACAGUUUCUUGCGCAAUUUUCCAAGGUCGCCAACUUUUACUUUUUGGUGGUGUCCAUAUUGCAGAUGAUUCCUGGUCUGAGUACGACGGGUACUUUUACGACAAUCGUCCCGCUAUUGAUUUUUGUUGGUAUCUCCAUGGGCAAGGAAGGUUUCGAUGAUCUGCGGCGAUAUCGUUUGGACAAAGAAGAGAACAACCGCUAUGUGCAUGUUCUGCAGCCGCAUGGACGAAAGCAAGCACCAAAACAGUCGAAAUCGAAGGAUACAUUACCCCUCGAAGAUGACGGAGAUUGGGUGGCGGUAAAGUGGCGCGAUGUGCGAGUUGGAGAUGUUAUUCAGCUUCGGCGCAAUCAACCAGUGCCUGCAGACGUUGUACUUUUGCAUGCGGACGGCCCAAACGGCGUUGCGCAUAUUGAAACCAUGGCUCUGGAUGGUGAAACCAAUCUCAAGACGAAACAACCUUGUCAUCCUGUAGCCAAAGCUUGCCAAACACCCGAGGACAUCAUCGCACGGAAGAAUCUUAUUCGUUUCACAGUGGAAGAUCCAAACAUCGAUCUCUACAAAUUUGAUGGCAACGUUACUGUUAAUGACGAGAAACUACCCAUCACCAACAAUGAGAUUCUAUAUCGAGGAAGUAUUCUACGAAACACGGAACGAAUUUACGCCAUGGUCAUUUACACCGGAGAAGAGUGCAAGAUUCGCAUGAACGCAAACAAGAACCCUCGAAUCAAGAAACCCGCUUUGCAGACUGUGGUUAACUACGUCGUUGUCCUCAUCGUCGCCAUCGUUCUUCUCAUGGCAAUGAUUUGCACCAUUGCAUACAGUGUCUGGGAUGACAACUACCAAGAGAAAGCAUGGUAUCUUACCAAGGCGGUUGUUUCUAUCGGUCCAGUUUUUACCUCCUAUUUGAUCAUGUUCAAUACGAUGAUUCCCAUAUCUCUUUACGUUAGCAUGGAAAUUGUCAAAGUUGGUCAGAUGCUUUUACUCAACGACGUCGACAUGUACGAUGAGGAAUCAGAUACCCCUCUUGAGGCAAGAACGUCAACUAUCAACGAGGAACUCGGUCAGGUCAGCUAUAUCUUUUCUGACAAAACCGGUACGCUGACAAACAACACCAUGAAAUUCCGCAUGAUGACUGUUGCUGGUACUGCGUGGCUUCAUGACUCUGAUCUUCGCGAGGAAGCAGCACGAGAUGCUGACAAGCACUGGCUGAUUCACAAAAAGCGAAGCGGCAAAGGAAAGAAAGCAAUGAGUCGGAAGUCCGGCGUGGAGAGUGUACGUACAUCGUCCAUCCGAAUGUCUAUGGCGUCUGCGCACGAACUACCAUCUCGUCCUCAGUCCAUAAUGCAUGGCAAGCCGUUCCGUGGGGGCAAUACCACACAAAUGCUGGAGUAUAUCCAACGGAAACCACAUACUCUAUUUGCUCGCAAGGCCAAGUUUUUCAUUCUAUCUUUGGCACUGUGCCAUACUUGCAUACCUGAACGAGACGAGGCUGGUAAUAUUACUUAUCAAGCUACGUCUCCUGAUGAGUUGGCAUUGGUCACGGCAGCCCAGCAACUAGGGUACUUGUUCAUGGAUCGACAGCAAAACACAUUAACUGUGCGAACUUAUCCAUCUGGUCAUGAAGAUGACCCAUGGGACGAAGUUUACGAAGUAUUGGACGUGAUCGAGUUCACCAGUGCUCGAAAGAGAAUGUCCGUGAUUGUUCGCAUGCCUGAUCAACGCAUCUGCCUGUUCUGUAAAGGUGCAGACUCGACCAUCACGAAGUUGCUUCGACAGGCGUCUUUGGCGCAGCAAAAGGCUGUGCAAAUCCAGAGACGAGCUAGCGAACGGAAAGCAGAAGAAGCUUUUGAGGCCAUGCGACGCAACAGCGAGCACCAAAGUCCUGUGAGCAUUCAGAGGCAAAGCUUAUCCCUAAGACGGUCGAGUGGACUGUCCGGAAAGCGUGAUACUUUACGUCGUAGCGUUGAGGUUUGGCUAAAGGACCGUGAAACCGAUGGCGGUAUUUUGAACAACAGGGACGCCGGCGGCGAGUUCUACACCCCCCGACCAUCGACCCAGUUGAACCGAAACUCGAUGGCUUCAUCUGAUGGCCGGCCUUCUUUCCAAGAGGAAGACGACGGGUAUCUAGUCGAGGAAAGCCUUGUUGUGGAUGACCAAGCCGUGUUUGAGCGAUGCUUCCAGCAUCUGAAUGAUUUUGCUACAGAAGGUUUGCGUACUUUGAUGUAUGCCUCCCGGUUUUUAGACGAGUCUACCUAUACAGAAUGGAAGCGAGCAUACCAAGAGGCAAGCACCAGUUUGGUCGACCGACAGGAAAAGAUUGAAAAGGUGGGCGAGCAAAUUGAAACACAACUUGAGCUCGUUGGCGCCACUGCGAUUGAAGACAAACUCCAAAAGGGAGUGCCAGAGGCAAUUGACAAGCUAAGACGUGCGAACAUCAAACUUUGGAUGCUUACUGGCGACAAACGUGAGACGGCAAUCAAUAUUGGUCAUUCGUGUCGACUUGUGAAGGAGUACUCCGAGGUCAUCAUAUUGGACCAUGAGGUUGGCAACGUGGAAAAGACCAUUGUCAGCACCAUCAGUAGCAUCCGCAAGGGUCGAAUGGCACAUUCUGUGCUGGUAGUUGAUGGUCAGACGCUGUCUAUGAUUGAGCGGGAUGAGACGUUGAUGCCUCGAUUCUUCAAGCUAGCCAUUCUGGUCGAUUCUGUUAUUUGCUGCCGUGCCAGCCCCAAGCAAAAGGCCUUCUUGGUCAAAUCUGUUCGAAAGCAUGUGCUGAACGCAAUCACUUUGGCAAUUGGUGACGGCGCGAAUGACAUCGCUAUGAUUCAAGAAGCGCAUGUCGGCAUUGGUAUUACUGGCAAGGAAGGCCUCCAAGCCGCCAGAAUAUCGGAUUACUCCAUCGCGCAAUUCCGCUUCUUGCUCAAGCUAUUGCUUGUUCAUGGUCGCUGGAACUAUAUCCGGAUUUGCAAAUACACUCUCGGAACAUUCUGGAAGGAGACGCUCUUCUAUCUUAGUCAAACUUUGUAUCAACGAUACAACGGCUACACAGGUACCAGUCUGUACGAAAACUGGUCCUUGAGUAUGUUCAACACCUUGUUCACAUCUCUUGCAGUUAUAUUUUUGGGAGUGUUGGAGAAAGACCUCUCCGCACCAACCUUACUCGCCGUCCCUGAACUCUACACAAAGGGUCAACGCAACCAAGGCUUCAACAUCCGCAUCUACCUCGGCUGGGCGCUAAUGGCCGUCAUCGAAGCCAUGAUCGUCUUCUACACCAUGUACGGCUUGUUCGGGCAAUCUCUCAUAGGCGUGGACAACACCAUCUUCCCCAUGGGCCUUCUCACAUUCACGGCUUGCGUAACAAUCAUCAACUUCAAACUCCAGUUCCUCGAAAUCCACUACAAAACGAUUGUUUCCGCCAUUGUCUUGUUCGUUUCAAUCGGAGGUUGGUUCCUGUGGAACAUGAUCCUCUCCGCGCGCUACAACGACGCCACAUCCGGAAAAUCCAUCUACGACGUCCGCGGCAACUUCCUGAAUCGGAUCGGGCGCAGUCUCAAUUUCUGGGCCGUGUUGUUUCUGAUCGUCGCGUCCGUCCUGCUAUUCGAGACCACCGUGACCCUGUUCAGGCAAUACUUCUUCCCGACGGACGUCGACAUCUUCCAACAUCUCGAAAAGGACCCGGCCAUCAAACGCCGCUUCGAGGAAGCAGCUGCCUUGGAACUACAACAGGGCUGGGAUCGAGACAGUAGUAAAAUCCAAUCCAGCCUGGAGAUUGCGCGCGAGGAAGAAGAACAAUUGGCCCGAGAAAGGGAAGUAAAUGAAUACCUCAACCGGCCCCGGAACGAAGACGACGCCGCCCACCACCACCACCAUCACCAUAAUUCCCAGCAUGGUGUACCGGUAGAAGAUGAAGAAGCAGCAAUCCCGCGCUCUGACUCCAUGGCCUCCGCAUCCGCUGCGCGCCGGAAAUCGCAUGACAUCCAUGAUCUAUUCAGCAAGGGCUUUGGGACGAUAAAAAGGGGGCAUUUGUGA